AUGGGACCUCUAACGUUUGCUAUUAUGGAGCGAGUACAACCAGCGUAUGCCGGCAAAGUCAAUUUUGCCAGAUGUAUGCGCUUGGCAGGAGGAAUAGGCGAUCUUGCAGUAAGAGCCAAAGCAUACCUGAGUCAAGGAGGCCUCAAGUUAAUCCACGCUUCAUUGGCCUUAGAUCGAUUUUAUGGGUUUACAGAGAACAAAAGAGAAGAAGAAAUGGACAUGAGGGAAAUGGUUGAUAAGGCGAAGAAAGGGGAGCCCCUGUACGGAGAAUCCACCUUGUCUCCUUACAUGCAAGGCGUUGCUGCUAGGAAUUCGCGGUACUCUGGUUUGUUUAUUCAUGUUAUUCCCUGGUUCAACCUUGUCAACCAUAACCAGCAUGGUGUUGACACUGCAAAAUACUUCCGCCAGGCAGAGCGUGAGUUAGAAGCAGAGCGUUUACAAAGAGAAAAUCUAAAUCUUUGA